AUGACGUCCUCACCGGACGCCUCGCCGUCUUCUGCAAUGUCAGGGACAGGCGUACCACAACUAUCAAUAAACACAUCAGAUGCAGUUACCAAUGGGAACAACUUAUCAAAUGGAAACGGUGCUGCAAGACGAACAUCUCAAGCCACAAGUGUCGAGCCAACCAGUGCGCGACCGGAUAUUGAACGUGCGGACUCUCAGGGGCCCGGUGACGUUCCCAUGAGUGCCGUCUCACAAACUGGCAACGGGCGGAAACGGUCGAAUACAGAUGGUGUUGAAUAUCCUCGACGAAGAGCUACGAUAGCUUGUGAGGUUUGUCGAUCGAGGAAGUCUCGAUGUGAUGGAUCUCGACCAAAAUGUCGACUUUGUAUCGAGUUGAAUGCAGAGUGCAUCUACCGCGAACCAGGGAUAAAGCUUGAUGCCGGAGAUAAGCUAAUCUUGGAACAUCUAAAUCGAAUCGAGAAUUUAUUGCAGAACGCUUUGCCGUCCACUCCACCUGGUAGCGGGAUGGCAAUGUCGGCGUCUCCUGCCAUUAGUCACUCGACAAACCUAAGUGGAGACGGGCGAAUGGCACAGCUAAAUAUUGGGAUGAGCAAUAACCUCACAAGUGGGAUGGGUGCUUGGUCGAAUAUCCACAACAUCUCGAGCAUGCCUAAGAACCACUCGACACCGGCCUUGAAUUUAUUACAAUGGCCAAAGAUCAACCACUUGGUUUCUCUACCUUACUCGCCAGAGACACUCCUUCAAGUUGAAUUAGAGCGGCCACCACUGCAAUUCAAUACCAGUAUGAACCUCGACCUUUCCAACACGAAUGCCUAUGUCCAGGCCUACUUUGAGCGAGUCAAUGUCUGGUAUGCCGUCGUCAAUCCUUACAACUGGACAAGUUUGUACAAAACUGCCCUUUCACAAGGAUUCAGAACGGGUCCGGAAAGUUGCGUGGUACUACUAGUUCUAGCAUUAGGACAAGCCAGUACCAGAGGAUCGAUUUCACGAGUUCCGAUCCAUGAAGAUCCACCAGGGAUGUCCUACUUCUCCGCUGCUUGGGCACUGCUCCCCUCGCUCAUGACGAGGACGACGAUGUUAUCCGCCCAAUGCAUGAUUUUAACUUCUGCAUAUCUAUUCUAUCUGGUACGACCAUUGGAAGCGUGGACAUUACUGAGCAGCAUUAGUAUGAAACUACAACUUCUGCUCACCACCAAUCCGCCUGCUUUACUACCAACCUCGAGUAGAGAACUUAGCGAGCGGGUGUUCUGGAACGCCCUGCUAUUUGAGAGCGAUCUGCUUGCCGAGCUGGAUUUACCGCAUUCCGGAAUUGUAACAUUUGAAGAAUCCAUAGGCCUCCCCUGCGGCUUUGAAAUCGAAGACGAAGACUCACCUGCCGGGGUUCGGGACGACCUCUGGUACUUCCUCGCUGAAAUCGCCUUACGACGUCUCCUCAACCGUGUCAGCCAUUUAAUCUACUCCGAAGCAAACAGAGAACGUUCGAUAUCUUCCUUAGGACCUAUUGUUGGCGAACUCGACUAUCAACUAACGCAAUGGUAUGAGAGUUUACCACUAGCGCUGCAAUUCCCACAUAGUCGGGUGCAACUUAACAACCCGAUCCAAACAGUCCUGAGGCUUCGGUAUUUCGCAUGUCGGACAAUCAUAUUCCGCCCAUAUAUACACGCUGUCCUGAAGGACGAGAAGCUUGGAAUGGAUACAGUUGUUCGAGAGAAUUGCCGGAAGUGUUUGGAGGCAUGCUUGAGACAGCUAGAGCAUAUAACUGAGCAUCAUGCGGGACAUAUGCCCUACCUGUGGCAAGGUGCACUGUCCAUGGUUUCCCAAAGCCUUUUGGUAAUGGGUGCAACAAUGUCACCUUCCCUUGCCGCCGUUUUACCUCCAGCCGAUAACAUCGACAAAAUGUUGAAGGAUGUGAUCACUGAGCUCCAGUAUUACGCACACCUUGCACCAAGUUUGAAACUGGCUCUGGAGCUUGUCCAGGAGGCUGAAGAGCGCAGACGUUAUUUCUUGCGAGAAUCUGGGAUGCGAAUCUAA